GGAUUCUGUGCGCAUCUCUCCACAGCAAACAUGGCGGACGAUCACACAGAAGCUGAACAGCCCAUGGAGACACACACACCUGUGAGUAACACACACACACCUGUCCCUGAAAUCCCGCAUGAGUUCAGCCUGGCAGAGAACCUCCAGAGGACGACGGAGAACGAGAAGCUCUCAAAGCAGAUGGUGGAACUGCUGGCGCUCCCGACCCGAGCCUACCUGGACCAGACCGUGGUUCCCAUCCUGCUGCAGGGCCUGGCAGUGCUGGCCAAGGAGAGGCCGUCGAAGCCCAUCGAGUAUCUGGCCAUGUAUCUGCUGAAGAACAAAUCCCAGUUUGAGGACCGGAAUUAAAGCCUCUGCCGCUCCUGCUUGUUUAUGAUCCGUGUUUUUCGUUUUGUUUGUUUUUAAAUCUAGAAUAAAA